AGCGCUCUGCUGGUGCAGCAGGCGGCAUGUCAGGGCUUUCAGAGAUGUCCCUGCCCGCAGCCUGGAAGCCAUGGAGGAGAUAAGGUAGCCUCCUGGGUCAGAUGGGGAAGCCCAGUUCAAUGGAUACAAAGUACAAGGAUGACUUAUUUCGGAAGUACGUGCAGUUCCAUGAGGGCAAAGUGGACACCACCCCCAGCAAGCAGCGGCCUGGCAGUGAUGAGUACCUCCGGGUGGCGGCCUCCACCCUGCUCAGCUUGCACAAGGUGGAUCCCUUUUAUCGAUUCCGGUUGAUCCAGUUCUAUGAGGUGGUGGAGAGCUCCCUGCGCUCGCUGCGCUCCUCCAGCCUGCGGGCUCUGCACUGCGCCUUCAGCGUGCUGGAGACGGUGGGCAUCAACCUCUUCCUGUACCCGUGGAAGAAGGAAUUCCGAAGCAUCAAGACCUACACUGGCCCUUUCGUUUACUAUGUCAAGUCGACACUCCUGGAGGAGGACAUCCGCGCCAUCCUGAGCUACAUGGGCUACGCGCCUGAGCUGGGCACCGUGUACAAGCUCAAGGAGCUCGUCGAGAGCCUCCAGGUGAAGAUGGUCUCCUUUGAGCUCUUUUUGGCCAAGGUAGAGUGUGAGCAGAUGCUGGAGAUCUACUCACAGGUGAAGGACAAGGGCUACUCCGAGCUGGAUGUCGUGAGCGAGCGCAAGAGCAGCGCAGAGGACGUGCGCGGGUGCUCCGAUGCCCUGCGGCGGCGGGCUGAGGGCCGGGAGCACCUGACCACGACCAUGGGCCGAGUGGCGCUCCAGAAGUCAGCCAGUGAGCGGGCGGCCAAGGACUACUACAAGCCCCGUGUGACCAAGCCCUCCAGGUCAGUGGAUGCGUACGACAGCUACUGGGAGAGCAGGAAGCCCCCCUUGAAGGCUUCCCUGAGCCUCCGGAAGGAGCCUGUGGCCGCAGACUUGGGCGAUGACCUGAAGGACGAGAUCAUCCGCCCGUCCCCCUCUCUCCUGACCAUGUCCAGCUCCCCCCACGGCAGCCCAGACAACCUUCCUCCCACCUCGCCAAACAAUGGCCCCGGCCUGCUGCGUAGCACGUACUUCUCUGCUCAGGAUGACGUGGACCUGUACACCGACUCGGACGCCAGGGCCGCGUACCGCAGGCAGGACGCUCUGCGGCCAGAUGUGUGGCUGGUCAGAAGCGACGCCCACCCCCUCUACCAUAAGCGUCCGCCCCCCGCCAAAGAGUCUGCCCUCUCCAAGUGCCCAAACUGUGGCCUGGCCUGCAGCGCUCCCCUCUGCCAGCGCUGUGACAGCCUGCUCGCCUGUCCCUCAGCCCCCAAGUCCAGCAACUUCCCCAUCAAGGCUGCUGCCCUCGACAGCGUGGUCCACGGGGCCCCACUGCGGGAGAAGCACACGGGCCAGGCGCAGGCCCUUGACCGGCUGCCGCCCCUCCACUCCAAGUCCAAGCCCUCCCCUGCAGCCACCUCCCGCUGUGGCUUCUGCAACCGCACAGGCGCCGCCAACACCUGCACCCAGUGUUCAAAAGUUUCCUGCGACGCCUGCCUCAGCGCUUACCAUUACGACCCCUGCUGCAAGAAAAGCGAGCUGCACAAGUUCAUGCCCAACAACCAGCUGAACUACAAGUCCACCCAGUUCUCCCACCUCGUGUACAGAUAGACUCCCGUCUGGCACCUUCCCGCUACAAGGGCUACACCACUGACCUCCCGGUUCCUUGGUGAAGAAGUGUUAAUGCAUCCGGCGGAAGCAGGGGCCUGAACUUGACCAUGUAGGUGGCAGGGAUCCAGCUGGCUGCACCCACGUGGGAGUUCACUUAGCAACUCACAUUUCAACUGAUGGCUGCUCUGUCAUCUGACAAGGAGAGGGCGGCGCUUCUGUUCAGAAUCAGCUUUGCUAAUCUCUCCAUUCCCUGUUCAGUUGGUUUUUGGUUUGGUUUGUUGUUCCCUCUAAGGAGGAUUUGUGUCUCUGGGAUUCGUGCCGUGCCCACCCCUCCCACUGUGAAGCCAACCUGGAUGGGGAAGGCCCUUGGUCACCUCCAGAUGCCCACCUGCAGCGGCGAGCUAGAGGCCUGUUGGCUUGUGAAAUGAGCCCUCCUGCCACACUGGGCCUCUCCUGACGGCUCACCCUUUGGCCAUCCUGUUCCCAAACGCAAGGAUCCCCAGCCAGACUCCCCCGCUCCCUGCCUUUCCAGGCGUCAGGGGUGAAGCGAGUCCAGUGUUAGCUGAACGUCGUGGUGUUGCUGCCACAGCUCUGUCAGCCCGUGGUGUGUGAACGUCACGCCGGCACGCUGAUGUGGACUGACCUUCCCCUUUCUGUUGUUUGCACAUGCCCCUCUUACUGUACUGUAAAUAGAUAUUUUUGAGAUUUAUUUUUAAAUAAAUAUUCAACUUGCUAUGUGUUUCAAAGUGGUUAAAAAUUAAUUAUGUAGCUAUUUAUAAAAAUGCCCUGGGUUCUUAAGUCUUCCAAGGGAGGCCUCCGGCCCUUUGCUCUCGUGUCUUCCGCUCGCCAGAGUGGAAUGGCGUUUGGGGCGGGUCAGGAGCAGAGACGAUGUCCCCUUUGCUCGAGUUGGGGGAGAGCCACUGUCUUCCCAGGAUAACUACUAUACACCUACCUCCAGCGUGCACUUAGGGGCUUGCGCGGGUGCUGAGUCUGCGCCUGCAGACUGCGACGACCCAGUGACGAUUCAGGGACCUCGCCCUUUGGAUCGACAGCCCGCUGAUUGCUCACCUUGCACUCCAGACUUCUUGGAUCUUGUUUCAGAAGGAAAACCAUUUGGAUUCCCACAGCCCUCCGUCUCCUCUUCACCAGUUCCCAGCACUCAUCUAGAACAACGCCGGGAGCUCUUUGCACUAACAGUGGGCGGGAGUUGGCGUGUGUCCCCCGCACUCGGCUGGGACUCGGCGCUUCUGGACUGAAGGCCCUCGACUCCCUGUGGGAAUCACUGAGGUCUGCAUUUUCCUUUUGCGGGUGCAGAACAGGGACAGGAAUUUGAAACUCAGUUGCUUCCUUGUAAACUACUGUUUUAGCAUAAGUGUUGGUGAUGUACAGUACGCACUGUUAGAGAUUUGUGUACAGCGGGUUUUCUGGGAGGAAGAGGUGUUUAGCUCUGGAGCAGGUUUGAAUCUGGCUGAAUCCUAAGGCCACUGUGAAUUUGCUGAUGUUCUUCCAACUCAGUUGAGUGGUUUUAAGGUUUUCCAACUCUUA